GCCUUUGCAAGCAAAGGCGAUGACCGGAAAUACUAAUGUUCUCUUCAUCUCCGUAAUACUCUCUCACAAGAGCCAUGCCGAUCGCACGAAAGAACGAAUCAGCCAAUCGAGCUACGCCACCCUCGCCAUCUCUGAUAUCACCCUUCAGCGGUAUAAAGUCUACACUCGGCAUCAGCCUCUCUCUUUGCAUCGCGACUCGAGUCCAACAUGCGCUUCAUGACGGUCGGCACACUAUUCCUGUCUUUGGUCACUUUUACUACUGGUCAAGAUGUUAGUCUUGCUGCAGUGCGGAGGGCCUUCAAUACUGCUAAUAUCCCGUCUGAUGUGCAAAUCACAUUCAACCCUAGCGUACUCUUUGAAGUCGCUUUCCCUCAAGCCUCAGGUCCUCCAGUUCAAGUUCACGCUGGUAUUCAAUUGCCACGAAAUGCCACCGUCGGGCCCCCAAUCUUCGCAGUUCGCGAUAGCUUCCUCACUCCCAGCCAGAGCUUCGUGGUAGCUGCGGUCGACCCCGACGCACCCACUCCCCAAACUCCCACAGAGGCCCAGAUAAGACAUUUCUUGGGAGGCGAUUUCCACGUUCAGGUUGCACCAACCUCGCGCACGGAAAGACUGGUCAAUACUACAGCUGCGAUAUCAAACUUCCUCCAACCAACCCCUCCUGCUGGCUCAGAUCCUCACCGCUAUGUGUUCCUCUUGUUUAAUCAACCCCAAGGUUUUGACAGACAGACAUUAGUGAACGCUACAACUUCAAUCGCAAACUUCAACAUCAGUCAAUUCGCUAGUGAGGUUGGGCUGGGAAACCCUAUUGGGGGCAAAUAUCCUCGCAACCGCGAUGAACGCGAUCUCACUGUCCAUCUGAUUACAUCCAAAAGGGCGUCGCAUAAGCUUCACCCUGCGAUGCGUGAUAUGCACGAACUCCGUAUAUGAAAGGAGACUUUUCAACGACAGUUUACGCGAAUACCUUCUGAGGUUACACCAAACGCUUAUCCUUGACUUGGAGUAUCCGUGGCGACUGAGGAUAGAUCCUGUCAUUCUGACUCAUUGUUCUUUCAGCUCCUUCAGACAACUUUGACUAUUAUUUCCUAGUUUCUAGAGCAGUUGGAAAUCCUGCUUCGUCUGGAUGAGGAGAGCAAGAAGAGAUUAUUUAUCCUCUAUCGACUAUCACUGAAGUUUGAGGGUCUCCAACCUGUUUUAAUUAUGAAUUGGAUGAAUUUGCACAACCAGCGCGCUCGAGUUUUGAAGCUCUGCAUGUAAUCCAUUGAUCCAACUGAGAGGAGCAAUUACAAUUUCUGCAUCGAUG